AUGGACUACGACGCGCUCAGGAGGCGCCUCCAAAAGGAGGAGGAAGAGGCCAUGGAGAGGGACGAAGACGAAGAGGAGGACGCCGAGGACGAAGUGCCGGGCGGGCUGAUCGGCCUCGACCUGUUUUCGCUGGGGCGGGUGGCCGCCUUCGACUCGCCCGCGGACCGUGACCAGUUCGUGGCCCAGCUGCGCCGCGUGUGGCGUCGCCACCGGACGCGCCUCGCCGCCGCUGCCGCCACCAAAUCCGCCACCGUCGGAGAUGGAGAUGGAAAUGGAAAGGGGCGAGAGAUGGAGAGCAGCGACGAAGAUGACGACAACACCAAAGAAGAAGAAGGAGGAGAUGAAGAAGAGGGGGAAGGAGACAGCAAGCAGCAGCAGCAGCAGCGGACGAGGAAGGGCCUCGAGAGCGAUCAUGGUGCUGAUGAUGGGCCGAGCCACCACCAACAGCAGCAGCAGCAGCAGCACGAGUUCUCGCUGUCGUCGAUCCUGUCGGCGAUCGAGGAGGAGGGGGAAGGCGGCGGCAAUGGAAGUAGCGCCAAUGGAAGCGGCGGGCGGCAGCUUCGGAAGCGGAAGGUGAGCGGGGAGGCGUGGAGCCUGCCCGUGCAGUCCCUCGUGGGGGACGCCUCAUCGCCGUCGUCGUCUUCGAAGAAGGCCAAGGCCGCGGCGUCGUCUUCUUCGUCGGCCACGUCGUCUCCCGCACUCGGAUCAUCGGCCCCGCUCCCGCCGGGCUCGCCGCCCACGCGCUCCGAGAAGCGCCUCAGCCGCUACCGCAGCGCACCCUCCAAAGCAUUGCUGGAGCGGAUGGAGAUGGCGCAGGAGCUCCGCAUGUUUCUGCUGUUCCGCUCGCCCCUGCCCCGCAUCCCGGACGCGGCCACGGCCGCCUUCCUGCCCUCCACCGGCCCCGGCGAGGGCGAGAGCACCGACCACGUGCUCACCGAGUACUACGUGGUGGGUCCCACCGGCACCGUCUACUCCAUCAAGCUCACCAACCUGCCCUCCUGCAACUGCCCCGACAACACCAAGGCACGUCCGUCCGGCCAUCACUGCAUCCACAUCCUGUUCGUGCUGCUCAAGGUGCUCAAGGUGUCCCCCUCGGACCCCAUACUCUACCAGCGCGCCCUCCUCACCUCCGAGCUGGAGGGCAUCUACAAGAGCGCACCGCUCGCGCCCGCCCAGGCCUACGCCCGCCGCAAGGCCUCGUCGUCGUCGUCGUCUUCUUCGGCAGCGGACCAGGACCUCCGCUCUCACGGGAUUUGCUACGAGGCCCUGGCGGGCAAAGCGGAGGAGCUGGUGUCGUGCAAGGACAGCUGCAACUACUGCUUCCACGCCCAGUGCUUCCACCGCUACUGCUCCACCCACCUCAGCCUCAACGCACACUCCACCUCUCCGCUGGCGCGGGCUGCGGGCUCGACGGUGGCGUGCCCCGUGUGUUUCACCUCGUGGGUGGUGCCCCCGGCAUCGGGCUCCCCCGGGGCGCCACCGGCCGUGAUCACGGCCGUCGCUGCCGUCGCGCCGGUCGCGGUCGCGGUCUCUGGGCAGCCGACGUCUCCAAUCGCGGCCGCCGCGGCCAGUCCGAGCACCGCCGCCGCCGCCGAUGUGGCCAAUGGCCAGCAGCAGCAGCAGCCUGCAGACGCCGACGCUUCAGUGUCGGGUGAUGUCAAGCAGGAACCCGCCGGAGAGGAGAAAACAGAAGAAGGCGAGAAGAAGAAGGUGGAGGUGGAAAUGGAGAUGGAGAUGGAAAAGGAGGAGAAGCAGCCAGAAGGGGAGAUCGCGGAAGCCAAACAAUGA